CGUGCGGAUUUACGUGUGACGUAGCUGGGUUUCAUCCUGUAGUUGCGAAGCGGAGCUGUUAGCUGAAGCUAGCAGCGUUUUCUUUUAUCUUUCCACUUCCAAAGAAACGAUUGUUGUUGAGAGUCGUUUUAGUGUGUGGCUCAACGGGAAGUUUUCCAAUACCAGGCUGCUUAUCUAACCGCCAAUUUUUGUUUCUCCUGAAGAAAGAACGCUGAGCCAUGUACAAUGGUAUUGGCCUGACGACUCCUCGGGGCAGCGGCACCAAUGGCUACGUGCAGCGCAACCUGUCCAGCCUGCGGGUCAAGAGGCCGCGGGAUGAGCGCGGCGGCGAGCGGGACGAGAAGGACCGCGAGCGACUGGAGAGUCAGCUCAACCGGCAGCCCAACGCCGACAUCCUGGAGCACCAGCGCAAGAGGCAGCUGGAGGUCAAAUGUGCCGAACUGCAGGACAUGAUGGAGGAGCAAGGAUAUUCUGUCGAGGAGAUCGAUGAAAAGGUGAACAGUUUCCGCAUGAUGCUGCUGGAGAAGGAGGAGCCGGCUCCCGCUGCAGCUCAGAAACCAACCGUGACAGAAACGCACGCCCUGGCUGCAGCCAACCAGCAGAAGAACGACCGUCUUCGCGCCGCUUUCGGCAUCUCCAGCGACUACGUGGACGGGUCGUCCUUCCACGCCGACCGCAAGGAGAAGGAGAAAGAGAAGAGGGAGCAGGAACGUCUGGAGCGGGAGAAGCUGCAGCAGCAGCAGAAAUACACCUUGGUGGAAGAUUCAGAUGACUCUGAUUCUCCUCCAAAGAAGCGCGGUCGCAAGAAGAAAAAGAAAAACAAGAACAGAGACAGCAGCUCAGAGAGUUCGUCCCCGUCUCCCCGCAAAGACAAGAAGAAAUCCAAGAAGAAGAAAAAGAAACGGGAGGCGUCAGAAGACGAAGAUGACAGUUCCUCGGAUGAGAAGGAGAAGCUCUCAAAGAAGAAAAGGAAAAGGAGUGAAAGCUCCAGUCCUCCAAAAGCAAAGUCGGGUCGACGCCGGAGCGUCUCCUCCAGCUCAGGCAGCAGCAGCCAGUCCCCACCUCCAUCACGAUCACGUCUAAAGGAACAAACGGCCAAGAAACCUGAAGGUAGAAAGGAGAAGUCACCAGACAGGAGGCGCCGUGGUUCUGAGGAGCACAGCCCACAACGUCGAGCAGGAGAAGGGAGGAGACCCAAUCCUGAGAGGGAAAAGGAGCAACGCAGGGAGAUGGAAAAGACCAAGAGGAGACAUGACUCCUCGUCCUCUCCUUCUCCAGAAAAGGACAAAAACCUUGAUAGAGGGAGAGGAAGAAGAUCUAGAAGCAAACAAAGAGAGAGAGAAAAGGGGCAGACCAGGAACACGGAUGUGGACACAAGACAGCACUCCAGGAAUGUGGAGCUGGAGAAGAGGAGGCGUUCCAGGAGCAUAGAGGUGGAGAAGAGGAGGCGUUCCAGGAGCAUAGAGAUGGAUAAGAGGAGGAGGCGUUCCAGGAGCAUAGAGAUGGAGAAACGGAGGCGUUCCAGGAGCAUAGAGAUGGAGAAGAGAAGGAGGCGUUCCCGGAGCAUAGAGAUGGAGAAGAGAAGGAGGCGUUCCAGGAGCAUAGAGAUGGAGAAGAGGAGAAGCAUAGAGAUGGAGAAGAGGAGGCGUUCUGAGAGUGUGGAAAUGGAUAAAGGAGACCAAUCCAGAAGUGAUGAAGAGAUUAGAGAAGUCAGAAACAAAGGAAAGGCAAGCAUACCUCAGAGGAUCAGACAAGACUCUUCCUCGUCUCCUUCUCCUCCUCCUCCUCAACAAGAACAGGAAAGGAGCAGAGUCCCAGAUCGAGAAAAAGAUGGGAACAAACAGCACAGAACGACAAGACACGACUCUUCGUCUCCCUCCCCUCCACCUCCUGAAAAGGAAAGGGCAAGGAGAGGAAGGAGUGGAGAUAAAGACCGCAUACCUGAGAAGGACAUUCUGUCAAACUCACGGGCACGGAGUGAAAAAGACACCAAGAAAGAUGAUGUUGAGCGGCCGGAUAGACCGCCCUCUCCUCACCAGCAGAAGGGUGACAGGGUAAGAGGCGGGCAUCUGGCCCGUGACUCCCCGUUGCCGCCCUCCGGCCCGUCCAAUGGAGGCCAGCUUGAGAGGCCGAGCGAGAGGAGGCAAGAAACGAACAAGGAAAGGUCGACAGACAGGCAUUUGAAUAAACAAAAGGAAGAAGGUGGGGAGAAACGGAGAAUAGAGGUUCAGAGGGCUUCAUCCUCAGAGGGUAGAAGAGACGGGCCAAGACCUUCGGAGACGUCACGGAGCGAACGGCAGGAGAAGCUGAGGAGCCCGGUGAAGGAGAAAAGGGUAGAGGACAAAGUAAAACAACCCGCGAAACGACAAGAAAGCAGCAGCAGCAGUAGUAGCAGCAGCAGCAGUGAUAGUGACAGCGACAGCUCGUCCUCCUCCUCGUCAUCUUCGUCCUCCUCUUCAUCAUCGUCCUCUGAAGAUGAGGGUGACGCCAAUAAAGCGGCAUCACCAGAACAGGAAAGAAGCGUUCCCAGGAAGAAUUAUCCGUCGGCCAUCGGAGCUGCGGUCGAGAGGUUUCUGGCCAACGGGAAGAAAGAAAGCUCUGCCUCUGAGGGCGAUGGAACCGGACGCCCCCACAGAGACCGGGAACCUGCCGUGAACAAAACCGAGCGUGAAAGUCCGCCUCGCGAAGAUCCCGCAGAAGAUCUCCCACCUCAAGCAACAGGACAAGAGCGUUAUAGUCCCACGCAUGUAGAAAGCCGCAGCCCAUCUCCUUCACCACCCAGCAGAGGCAGAAGGUACUCUCCUGAGACCAGAGCUGGGGACAGGGCAAAGGACAAGGAUGCCAUCAAGAGGACCACAAGGUCCAGCCCCAUAGCAAGGAGUUCACAGUCUCCACCUCAGAGGGCCUCCACAAUCCCAGCACCUGCUCGCACACCUCCAAGGCAGUACCAAGAACCCCCAUCACGGUCCAGGAGACCUUCUCCGCCUCUAUCCCGGUUAGACCGCGACAGAGACAGGGUGAAGGGACGAGAAUGGGAGAGAGUAGGCAGACGGAGCAGGUCCAGAAGUCCAAGGAGGCGCAGCAGAUCUAGGCCAAGAAGUCCAAGGAGGCGCAGUGGUUCAAGGCCAAGAAGUCCAAGGAGGCGCAGUGGUUCAAGGCCAAGAAGUCCAAGGAGGCGCAGUGGUUCAAGGCCAAGAAGUCCAAGGAGGCGCAGUGGUUCAAGGCCAAGAAGUCCAAGGAGGCGCAGUGGUUCAAGGCCAAGAAGUCCAAGGAGGCGCAGUGGUUCUAGGCCAAGAAGUCCAAGGAGGCGCAAUGGGUCUAGGCCCAGAAGUCCGAGGAGACGCAGCAUUUCUAGGCCCAGAAGUCCAAGGAGACGCAGCAUUUCUAGGCCCAGAAGUCCGAGGAGACGCAGCAUUUCUAGGCCCAGAAGUCCAAGGAGACGCAGCAUUUCUAGGCCCACAAGUCCAAGGAGACGCAGCAUUUCUAGGCCAAGAAGUCCAAGACGGCGCAGCGGUUCUAGGUUGAGAAAUCUGAGAGGCCGCAGCGGAUCUAGGCCUAUAUCCAGACCUAAAAGUCCAAGGAGGCGCAGCAGGUCCACGUCAAGAAUCAUCGGGCGGCCAAGUCCGCCCAGCAGGUUCCGCCGCUCGCCGUCUCCUCAGCGGCGAGGGAGGACCAGUCGCUCGCCGUCUGCAGAGAGGCUGAGGGAGCCUGAGAGGGGCCGGCAGAGGGACGUCCCACAAGAGAGACAGCCUGCAAAGGUCGUCUCCCCACCCCAAAGAUCCUCCUCGUCCUCAUCUUCAUCCAGCUCCGGCUCCUCCUCCUCCUCUUCAUCCUCUCCCUCACCGCCGCGAGCGAGGAAGGACGAGAAGCCUCCAGCGGAGCGGGACCCGAGGCCGCCUCAGGACAACGGAAAGCCAAAGAGUCGCUCCUCUUCCUCGCAGGCUCCUUCCAGGGACUCCCCUAUUGCUGCGGCACCCGCCGGGAGAAGCCCGCCGUCAGAGUCGCGGCGGUCUGAUGAAAUCCCGCCAAGGUCCCCAGCCCUCAGCCAAUCAGAUGGCAGACGGCCGGCUCCAGGUCGGAGCAGGAAGCCGACGUCGCCGGUCGCCCACCAGCAGCCGGAAAAAGCCGUCGGGAAAGACACGGCUGUCAACGGGAAGGAGAAAGCCAAGAGGAGCAGCAGCUCCAGCUCCUCUUCCUCCUCCUCCUCUUCAUCGUCGUCAUCCUCCUCCUCGUCCUCUUCAUCCUCCUCUUCAGACAGCUCUGACUCUGAAGUGGAGCAGGGCAAAGGGAAGCCGGUGAAAGCCCGAAGCUCUCACUCUUCAUCUUCCUCAUCCAGCGACGAAAAGGACACAAAGAAAAAGAGCCCAGCGAGGCCUCGCCGUGUCCCGGCUGAUUCUCUGAGGGAUUCCCGCUCGCUCAGCUAUUCUCCGCCCAGACACGUCCGAGCUGCUCGCUCCUCGCCCGCUCGAAGGAGCGGAAGCAGAUUGUCGCCGAGGUCCUCGUCGAGCAGCAGGCGAAGGAAAUGAGCCGAGCAUCAGAUCGGCGUCCCCCACUCUACCCUUCUUCUUCUUCUGUGUUGCUUACACACACCUACAGCCUGGACUUUAGAGCCAGCAGUCAGUAGAUGUGAGGUUUUUGGAGAACUCCUGACACCGUGAUCAGUUUUUGUUUUAAGCUGAGACGCUGCAGGCUGCUGUUUGUAUCGAUGCGCUGAGGCGGCUACAAUCUAACACUCUGUACCUGUGCUGAAUGUCGUGUCCUUCCUGUAGAUAUGAGCUGUCCGUAUUUUGGUUAUUAUUAUGUAACAGGAAAACGAUUCCAUGCAAUGUGAGCGGAAACUGAAACUUGGGUAAUUUCUCUGUUGAAAAUGAUUCAUGGUAUUAAUAAAAAGUAAUUGUACAUUUUA